CCCAGGCAGCAAACAGGAGCUGUAAUCACAACUAGAACCUCUCAUUUAUUCAAGGCAAUCAAAAAUAUUUACUUCCAAUUGCUUCAGAGCACGCUUCUUGCUUUAGAUUGCUCAUCCAGGGCUAGGCAUCAACUGCAAGAACAAAUCUGACUUUUUCUUCUGGGCACUGUCCUCUGGUGUGUUUGGAUUUCUUUUGUGAUUUACCUAUCAAUUUUUAAAAGAUUGGACCUGCUACAGUUGCCACGGUGCAAACUCUGGACCUUUCUGUGUGCUUUGCUUCUUUAAUUUAUUAUUGAAAGUUUAAAUUGAUUGAAAGUAGCUGCAAUGGCUACUUUACCAGGAACAAUUCCUCGAAUGAUGCGACCAGCACCAGGCCAGAACUACCCUCGAACUGGAUUCCCCUUAGAAGUCUCAACGCCUCUGGGUCAAGGUCGAGUGAACCAGCUUGGUGGAGUUUUCAUCAAUGGAAGGCCACUGCCAAAUCAUAUUCGACACAAAAUAGUGGAAAUGGCCCAUCACGGCAUCCGACCCUGUGUGAUCUCAAGGCAGCUGAGGGUUUCACACGGCUGUGUGUCCAAAAUCCUCUGUCGGUACCAGGAGACCGGUUCCAUUCGCCCUGGAGCUAUAGGUGGAAGUAAACCCAAGCAAGUUGCAACACCCGACGUCGAAAAGAGGAUUGAGGAAUACAAACGCGAGAAUCCAGGGAUGUUCAGUUGGGAAAUCCGGGACAAGUUGCUGAAGGACGGGGUGUGUGACAGAGGCACGGUUCCUUCAGGUGAGGCCUCUUCCGUAAGUUCAAUUAGUCGGGUUUUGAGGGCUCGUUUUGGCAAGAAAGAUGACGAUGAAGACUGUGAUAAAAAGGAUGAAGAUGGAGAAAAGAAAACCAAGCACAGCAUCGACGGGAUUCUCGGAGAUAAAGGUAAUCGCACAGAUGAAGGUUCAGACAUUGAGUCAGAGCCAGACCUACCCUUAAAGAGGAAACAGAGACGAAGCCGUACCACCUUCACUGCCGAACAGUUGGAGGAACUAGAGAAGGCCUUCGAGAGAACACACUAUCCCGACAUCUACACCAGAGAAGAGCUGGCACAGAGGACCAAACUGACCGAGGCUCGUGUACAGGUGUGGUUUAGCAACCGAAGAGCCAGGUGGCGCAAACAAGCAGGAGCCAAUCAGCUCGCAGCAUUCAACCACUUGUUGCCUGGAGGAUUCCCGCCAACUGGAAUGCCAACCUUAUCCACUUAUCAGCUUCCAGAAUCGACGUAUCCCAGCACUACUCUCUCACAAGAUGGCAGUGGUACGUUACACCGGCCGCAACCUCUCCCACCUUCCUCCAUGCAUCAGGGUGGGCUCUCGGCCGACAGUAGCUCUGCCUACGGCCUCUCGUCCAAUCGCCACACCUUCUCCAGCUAUUCAGAAACUUUCAUGAGCCCGUCAGCUUCAGGCAACCACAUGAACCCCGUAAGCAACGGCCUCUCGCCACAGGUGAUGAGUAUUUUGAGUAAUCCCAGUGCGGUCCCCUCCCAGCCUCAGCAUGAUUUCUCCAUCUCUCCUCUCCACGGCAGCCUGGAGGCAUCUAACCCCAUCUCUGCAAGCUGCAGUCAGCGUUCAGACCCCAUCAAGAGUGUGGACAGUCUAGCCUCCUCCCAGUCUUACUGCCCCCCAACGUACAGUGCCACCAGCUACAGCAUGGACCCCGUCGCUGCUGGCUACCAGUACAGCCAAUAUGGCCAGACUGCUGUUGACUAUCUGGCCAAGAACGUGAGUCUGUCGACUCAGCGAAGGAUGAAGUUGGGCGAUCAUUCUGCGGUGCUGGGACUUCUUCAAGUGGAGACAGGACAAGCUUACUAAAUCCGCCCGAAUGCUUGGACACCUGAUGUCCCAUCUAACCACCUCCUUGAACCUGAAGGAGAUUUUUAACGCAACGUACUCAACUGCGUUUCAACGUGUGUGUAGUCCAGAGAGCCAUUACUCUAAGAUUUUCGAGAAAAAAAAACUCUUGCCAUUCCAGUGGAUGUGACCGACUGUCUUUACGUAAUUUUGGGCUGGUUUUGCUUCGGAUUCAAAUUUGCAUAAAAGGACCAACGGCAUGUCAACGGACACUGCGUACACUAAUGAUGCAUUCCGAGCCAUUUCCGAAAUGCACUUUCACCUUACUGUGCAUAGUUGUGUUUGAACCUCAGUGUCAUUAAAAUGGAAAAUCUCGCUGGUUUUCUGUUGAUAUUGUUAUUACGAUUGCCCUCACAGUUGUUGUAAUUAUUAUUAUUGUAACUAUUGUUUCGUUUCAUUGUUUUGGAAUCCACACGUAGCAUUUUUUCUCAUUUGAAUCCUAAGUCUUUCUGAAAUGCUCGCCAUGGGCGAAGAUGGGGUUUGUGUGUGUGUGUGUGUUGAAAGUGUGACUGCUGGUUUUCCACUUUCUAUACCUCUAGAGCCAUAAUGUUCCUGAGCGAUUUGACCUUCACUGUCAUCAUAUUUCACUUGACAUUCCAUACGAACAUUGCCACUCUGUGGGAAGUCUAGCUUUGGGUAUUCUGUUGGGAAUUAGUAGUGCUUUUUGGAGGAAAUUUUGUUUUCCCCUUUUUCCUCAAAUUACGCUCUAUCCUUAGUGAUCUUCUUGGGGGAAGAAAUCGCCAUUGUUUGGAAAACAGGAUUUGGACAAAAGCUGUUAAUGUUAUUUUAUUUUUAUUUUAAGGGAGGAGCAAGACAUUGUGCCCAAUCUAGAUGGAAAAAAAAAAAAAAAAAAAAAAAAUGAAGCCACAAUACUUUAUCAGUAUUUUGUCUUGUUUUCCAGUAAACAUAUCUCAACAUCCUUAGAAGCUAGAUGGCUUAGGAUACUAAGUCUUGUUUUCAGAGAAAUCUAAAAAAAUAUUUUGAAGGUUAUGCUUAAGGCAAGAAAAACUAUUUUCCAAUGGGGUUUCCCCUUUAAAAAAAGUUUUUUUUUUCCUUACCCAAUUGGCAAAUAUGUUUUUCUUGUUUAAAGCAUACAUUUCACCAAAUUUCGUUAGAUUUCUUUUAAAACAAUGCAUUUUGUCUUAUGCCAUUUUGUAAGUAAAUUAAAUCUUGUUUUAUGUAUGUUGUCUUGGAAGACAAAAAUACUGAGUUGGAAAAUUAUUUUUGGCUGAUGUUAAACAUUCCUCAUAGACUAUACAUCUUUGAUUAAAUAAGUGUUUUUUAGACCAAGUAUACAUUUCAACAUUCCUUACAGUUCAGCUCAUGAAUGGAUUACAAGCUGUAUAUUCAUAUGCACACUGAGCAAUCAAAUAAUCAUUUCAGGAAGUAAAGGGCACCUCAAACUCAUUCAUGCAUUCUCUUUCUCUGUUUUUCAAUUUCUCUCUCCGUUUUUGUAACAAAAGAAUACAAAAACAUACACUAUAUGGCCAAAUGUUUGUGGACACCCCCUUCUAAUUAAUGAAUUUGGUUACUCCAUUAAAUCCAGUAAAGAAAAAUCUUAAUGUUUCUUUAUGUAAUGGCUUGGGCUUUGUGGGCUUCCAAAUUUGUGGCAACUGUUUGGGGAGAGCCCUUUUCUGUUCCAGCAUGACAAUGCCCCUGUGAACAAAGUGAUGUCCAUAAAGAAAUGGUUUACUGUGUCUGGCAUGGAAGAAAUUGACUGGCCUGCACAAAGCCCAGACCUGAACCCCACUGAUCACUUUUGGGGUGAACUGGAACAACAACUGUAAGUCAGGCCCCAUUGACCAACAUCUGUUCCUGACCUCACUGAUAGCCUUGUGUCUGAAUGAGAGCAAAUCCCUGCAGUCAUGUUAUUACAUACAGUAUAGUGGAAAGCCUUCCCAAAAGAGUGGAAGCUGUUAUUACAGCAAAGGGGGAAAUUGAUGACUAAGGUUUUGAAAUCAAAUGUUCAUCAAGCACAUAUGGUGUCCACAAACUUUUGGCCAUAUAGUGUAGAUUAUCAGGGCUCCAGUAAUUUAAGAAUUCAUGCAUUCAAAGGAAUGUGCAAAAUAAGUAGUGAAUUUUCGACAUUUGUGUAGCACUCACGGGUGACAUUUUGACACAAACAUGGAAUUGUACAGUAGAUAAAGCAGAUAGUUUAUUGUUUGUUUAUAAAGAAUAUGUUUUAUACUAAAACAAAAAAGGUGUUGUGUGGUAGAUGACACAGGGGAUAUGUGUAAGUCUAAUAUUGUAAUUUUGUGUUUAUAUAUACUGCUUUCAUUUCUUAACUUUUUAAUAGUUAUUAUGUAUAAUUUUUCUUAGGAUUCAAAGUGUAUGUAAAAACCUCUCGAUACAAAUUACAUAUGUAAAAUUGUAUGGAAGGUGAAUCAUAUUGUUUAUGAUUCCCACUAACUUCAAAUUUGCUGAUGUCAGGUGAUAAUUUGGGAUAUGUGCUUAAGGAAGAGCACAUAUGUGGAUCCACAAUUAAGAUAAUUGUCAAUAACACUUAAUAUUGACAUUCGAACCUUUAAGAAACAGAGACUUUGCAAUGUAUGUGACAGAUGGAUAAUAUAACAGACUGUGUGAAUACACCGCAGUUUUUGGUGCUAAAUGACUGCUUCUAACUCAAAGAAUUCCUCAGAAUGCAUCUUGAAAUGGACGUCUUAUUGGUGUGUUCUUGGAUGUGUGUAUGACGAAGAGAACUCUUAAAGGAACCACGUGACCCAAACCCCGCCUCCUUCCCUUUCAACUGUCUAUAAUCUUAUAAAACCACCACAAAUGAGGAAUGAAAUUUAAACUGCUUCUAGUAUAGAACACCCAUGGCUAACACCUUUGUUAAUCAACAUUUGGAAAUCAAAAGUAUGUUACCCAUCAUGCCUUUCUGGGACAUCAAAAUGGGCACCUGAUUUCGUUAGCAUUUGUGUUUAUGCUUUACUCCAUUUCCUUUCAGCAUGUGUGUAUGUUGCCAUGGUAUAAUUUAUUCUGCUGUAUGAAGUUGUAGCUUUAGUGGGAACCUUGUAUUUGGUAUUUACUACCUUCAGCCUGUUGGUGUCUUUACUGUAUCACUGGCGUAAAUGUUAUCAAUUAAAGAUCUAA